AUCUGUCUAAGGACUCUUACGGUAGACCGGCUGAAAUAAAGAUAGGGAUAGCUCUCGGUGCUUCAUGGCCAUUUCACUCUUUUCUGUUAAAGCGGUUUAUUCGUAAUCUGGUAAAAAAAAUAAUCCGGGUUGAAUAUUCUCUGUGUUUAUACUAUGUUUAAGAGGAUGGCUGAGUUCGGUCCAGAUUCAGGAGGCCGCGUGAAGGGAGUGACCAUUGUGAAGCCCAUCGUGUUUGGAAACGUUGCCCGGUAUUUUGGUAAGAAGAGAGAGGAAGAUGGUCACACUCACCAGUGGACUGUUUAUGUAAAGCCAUACAGAAAUGAGGAUAUGUCGGCUUAUGUCAAGAAGAUCCAGUUUAAGCUUCACGAGAGCUACGGGAAUCCUUUACGAGUUGUCACCAAGCCCCCAUAUGAGAUAACUGAGACGGGCUGGGGAGAAUUUGAGAUCAUCAUAAAGAUCUUCUUUAUUGACCCGAAUGAGAGACCGGUUACGCUGUAUCAUCUGCUGAAGCUGUUCCAGUCAGACUCCAGCGCCAUGCCCAAGAAGACUGUAGUCUCAGAGUUUUAUGAUGAAAUGAUUUUCCAAGACCCCACAGCGAUGAUGCAGCAGCUUCUGAACACCACCCGGCAGCUCACACUGGGGGCGUAUAAACAUGAGACAGAGUUUGCAGAGCUGGAGAUGCGGACGCGGGAGAAGCUGGAGGUGUCGAAGAAAAAGACGAGUCUGGAGAUAACUGAACUGAAGGAGAAGCUGAAAGCCUCCAGAGAAAACAUUAACUUCUUGAAGGAGGAGAUCCGCAAACUUGAGGAGGAGGACCAGAUUAAAGAGCACUGAGGACUCUUAUUAUAGAGAGUGGGAACUGGGUUCUUGUUCAUCCGGAGGAAGUGUUUGUUUUUGUUGUUGUUUUUGAAAGGAAAAUUCUUUAUACAGUGGACAGUGGUAUAUAAAUAAUCACCAUCCUUCCAGGUGAAACCAUAUCUGUAUAAUUCAAAAAGAGCCUGUGUGGAGGGGAAAUCCACCAGAUUUCAAAAUUCUCUGUCGAAUUCAGUUUAAGUAUCUGUUUAACCCUGCCCAUUGGACACAGUUGAGUAAGUAUACACAGUUUUUAAAAUCUCCAGCAGCACUGCUGUCUGAUCUGAAAUGAGUGUAUGUACUGUACAUUUAGUGUAAAAUCAGUGAUUUUAGUGUAAAAUUUCACAAUUUCUUGAAUUUAUAAUCAAACACACUCUAAACUCACAGAUGACUCCUCUCUGAUAAUACAGUGGAAUGCAGUGAAUAAUGGUUUAGGGUAACACUUCACAAUAAAGUCUUAUUAAUUAACAGUAGUUACAACAGAAUAUCUUAACUAAGUAUUUAUUGACACUAGUUAAGUCACAAUUUAGCAUUACAUUUAUACUGUAUUACGUUUAAGUUUUAACUGUUAUUAAUUAUGAAGGAAAAUGUAACUAGUAAUAAUUAGAUGAGACAUUACUUAGCCAUUUAUCAAUGUUUUUAGUUUGGUAAUAUGGUACUGUUAAUUCAUGUACUCUUAUUGUAAAGUGUUACCAGUUAACUGCAAUUAAUGAAUGUAUAAUUCAUUAUAUAGUUAAUUAAUACAAGACAUAUAGAAUCUAGUGUAAUCUGCAGAGGUGUCAUUUUUGUUUUGUUUUUAAAGUGAAAGAAGAAUAAACCUUUUUUACAUUUA